UUCGUCCAAGCAAAUCAGACCCCUCUCCCUAUAUAUCAUUCACAUCUCCACAUGCGUUGAUAUGGAGCUCCCACCAGAAGCACCAUUACACUUAUACCACCAUUGUCAUUUUUCAUCUUUAUUCAAUCUUCUCUUUCUCUCGUAAAUUCAUCACUGCAACUGCAUUGUACAAGAUUCAUGUCUGCCACUUCCACUGCCUUCUGGUUUCUAGUUUUUUUGUAUACUUCUCGUGUCUUGUCUCUUUUCUCGUUCAAACAAGAUGAGAGAUUCCCUGUUUACCUUUUUAAUACUUCCAUUUACAUCCUUAAUGAAUUGCUAGUUGCAUAAUCUUCCACAAUUGUUUCAAACAUUGUCAGGAAGAUACUGAGAUAAAGAUUAUCAAAAGGCACCUCAGCUCGUGUCACUGGUCAGAGGCUCUCCCUAUAUAUAUAUAGUCAUUCUCAAGGGUUCUAAAACUCCACCAAAGUUCAACAUACACUACUGAAUUCUUGAAGAACCCAAAAACCAAACAUGCCAUUUUCUGGUUACAGAAACUUCUUCAACCGAUUCUGUGUUGAUGAAUUCCAGAUGGAGAGUGUUAGUCAUGGCAGUUUCCUCUCUAGCGAUCUACUGCCAUCCCUUGGAGCUAGAAUAAACCAGUCAACCAAGCUACGAAAACACAUAAUAUCCCCUUUCAAUCCCCAUUAUAGGGCCUGGGAGAAUUGGCUGGUUGUUCUAGUCCUUUACUCUGCUUGGAUAUGUCCAUUCGAGUUUGCAUUUCUAACUUACAAGAAAGAUGCCCUUUUAAUUUUUGAUAACAUUGUGAAUGGCUUCUUUGCCAUUGAUAUCAUUCUCACCUUCUUCGUUGCAUACCUUGAUGGCCAAUCAUAUCUUCUUGUUGACAAUCCCAAGAAAAUUGCAAUCAGGUACAUAUCAACCUGGUUUAUAUUUGAUGUCUGUUCGACAACACCAUUUCAGUCUCUGAGCUUCCUCUUCACAAAUCACACGAGUGAACUUGGUCUUAGAUUUCUCAGCAUGCUUAGACUCUGGCGUCUCAGAAGAGUCAGCUCUCUUUUUGCAAGACUUGAGAAGGACAUUCGGUUCAACUAUUUCUGGACACGGUGCACAAAGCUUAUUGCUGUAACCCUGUUUGCAGUACACUGUGCUGGAUGCUUUAACUAUCUGAUUGCAGAUAGAUACCCUGAUCCAAAGAAAACCUGGAUUGGUGCAGUGAACCCAAAUUUCAAAGAUGAAAGCCUUUGGAACAGAUAUAUAACUGCAAUGUACUGGUCUAUUACAACUCUGACAACAACUGGUUACGGAGACUUGCAUGCUGAGAACCCCAGGGAGAUGCUGUUUGAUAUAUUUUAUAUGCUAUUCAACUUGGGAUUGACAUCCUACCUCAUUGGAAACAUGACCAACCUUGUGGUUCACUGGACCGGCCGCACCAGGAAUUUUAGAGAUACGGUUAGAGCUGCUUCAGAAUUUGCAACACGGAAUCUAUUGCCCCAUCGCAUACAGGAUCAAAUGUUGUCACACAUAUGCCUGAGGUUUAAAACUGAAGGACUAAAGCAGCAAGAAACCUUGAAUGGUCUUCCAAAAGCCAUUCGUUCAAGCAUUGCACACUAUCUCUUCUUUCCCAUCACUCAAAAUGCCUAUCUCUUCCAAGGGGUUUCCCAUGAUUUCCUUUUUCAACUGGUUUCAGAAAUGGAUGCUGAGUAUUUUCCACCAAAGGAAGACAUUAUUCUGCAGAAUGAAGCUCCAACAGAUCUUUAUAUACUGGUCUCAGGAACAGUGGAAUUCAUACACUAUGUUGAUGGGCAAGAUCAAGUAUGUAUAAUUGUCCUGGGAAAGGCAGUCGCAGGAGAAGUAUUCGGGGAGAUUGGAGUUUUAUGUUAUAGGCCACAGCCCUUCACAGUGAGGACCACUGAACUUUCUCAAAUCCUACGAAUGAAUAGAACUUCACUGAUCAACACCAUUCAAGUAAAUACUGAAGAUGGACACAUUGUAAUGAACAAUCUUUCUGAGAAACUGAAACAGCUAGAAAGCAUCGGCCUUAAAUACCCAACAACAGGUCCAGGAUUAAUCCUCAACGAAUGGCUUGAUGGAGGCCUAAUGGGAGGAAGCAAUUUACAUGCUGUAUGCCAAGAAUAUCCAAACAGAGAUUCAUCAUUGCAAGAAGUAGGGGACUUCAAUAUCCUGGGAUCAGAAGCUACUGAAAUGAAUGGAGCAAACAAAAGUCAAGACUGCACUAUAUAUGCCAUGGAUAUAAAUCCAAAAGUUGAAGAUGUCCAAACAGAACUCCAUUCUGCAAUUCGAAAGGGGCAUUUUGAAAUGGUGAAACUCCUGCUGGAAGCAGGAGCAAAUAUAAAUAAACCAGAUGCCAGAGGGUGCUCUCCAAAAGCUCUAGCAGAACAGCAAGGGAACAGAAAUAUAUAUGACCUCUUACUAAAUUAUGAAAAUAGAUCACCAGAUGAACAUAGGGUAGAGAUCAUUGGACCAGAAAUAGCAGAUAACCCCAUAAAUAGUCAAAACAAACACAGAAGACAAGGGGGACCUAGUUUUUUAAAUUCUCACUUGAAAAGAGAACCCAUACACUUUGACUCAUGCAUUUCUAGCUGUCCAAGUGACAAAGUGAUCAAAUUGAAUAAGAAGAGAGUCACUAUUCACAUGCAAUGCCAAAGAACAAGCACAUCACAGAAGUGGCCUGGCAAGUUAAUUGUCCUACCUGAUUCAAUAGAUGAGCUCCUCAGAAUUGCCGGUGAAAAGUUUGGAGGCUACAAAUUUACAAAAGUAUUCGAUGCCGAGAAUGCAGAAAUAGAUGAUACAUGUGUCAUUCGAGAUGGUGAUCAUCUGUUUCUCCUUCAGCAAGUCUGUGGAAAUGGAUUAUGAUGUGACAUAACACUACUGAAAGCCUAUAAUGCAGACAUGCAGAAAGCUUUGUAACUUUCAGUUCAUGUACACCCAUAAAGAUAUAAAAGGAAAUUGACUUGAUAAGUUGAUCAA